AUGGGUAGAGCUCCAUGCUGUGACAAAACCAACGUAAAGAAGGGUCCAUGGUCCCCUGAGGAAGAUGCAAAACUCAAGGCUUAUAUUGAUACUUAUGGCACUGGAGGAAACUGGAUUGCUCUUCCCCAGAAAAUUGCCCAAUUGCCUGGAAGAACAGACAAUGACAUCAAGAACUACUGGAACACCAGAUUGAAGAAGAAGUUGCUUGGAAGGCGAAUACAGUCACAUACAAACCAUCUAUCGCCCGCUAGUCAGAACCCAAAAGAUGAAAAUGGCAUAGAAGAAUCAAAGUCCUUAAGCAACUCAGCCCUUGAGAGACUUCAACUCCAUAUGCAGCUUCAAACCCUUCAAAACCCUCUCUCUUCCUGCAACAAUCCUGCACUGUGGCCCAAACUUCAUCCCCUCCAAGAAAAGACAAUACAGAGCCUCCACCUCCAGGGUCUGAAUGAAAGCUCUAACCCUUUAAUGCAACAGGCCGUCACACCCAGUAAUCUGCAGUUAGAUGAAUUGGAUAACUCUGUGAUAAAAUCAUCUUCAGACAGCCCAAUAAUGUUCAAUAAUGGAAGCCACUUAUCAAACUCAACUACUACUGUUCCAAAAUCGGGUGGUAUAGAACAAUCAAACCCUGUAAUUCAGUCAGUUUCAACAUUUACCCAGGGGGAUUUUGAUGAUUCUAUCAACAACAAAGCGGUUGGUUCUGUAUCUGGAGAGAAUCAGAUGGCUGAGUUUGACUGUUUCAAAGAGAUGGAUGAUUCCAAGGACACUGUGAUUUGGUGGUCUAAUGACUUCCACACAAAUUCAAUUACUUCCUCAAACUCUUGGGAUUCGAUUUCUGUUCUCCAUCAGCCUGAAAGAUUUUAUCAGGAUUAUGCAUUAGGAUACAGUGUGCAAUGAUGAACUACUCAAGUAGUAGAAAGCCUUUGAUGCUCUUAAGAAGAUUAAGAUUGAAGCCAUAAUAACUGGUGUUGUAAAUUGUGUAAACGAUUUUAUUACCUUGUAUUGAAAAAC